AUGGAGGGACAAUGCCUCUCGGACGAAUUCGCAAAAUGUGAUUUGGGCCCCGAGGGGGAGGUGCAAAUGGUGGAUACCUCUGCGAAGAAGAGCGAAGGGGGAGGUGAACUGGUGAACGCUGCUGCUGAAAGGAUGGACGUGCAGUUGGAAGGGAGAGGCCUUUACACCGGAAGAAGGUUCCACGCAGGGGGGGGAAGACCCCCUCAUGGAGGAAGAAGUCCACAUCGAGGAAGAAGCCCACACCGAGGAAGACGCUCCUCCUAUAGAGGCAAAAACCCCUCCCAUAGUAAGGCACCCCUAGAAGGAACCAAUGACAGUACUACAAUAUCAAAGCUAUGCGAACUGAAAGAAUAUUCACAACUAGGGGAACAUAGGAACAACGUUUUAGCCAAUUUUAAUGACCUCUAUGGAGCUAAAGGACGUACCAUCACAAAAUCUUUGGUGGAGAUUUUUCACUUAAAUGAGGAGGAAGAAAUUACUCUGUUUAUUACGCAGAAGUUUUUACACAUAUAUGGGUUAUGUAUCCCUUGCUUCAAAUUUAGUAGCCCGAACAGUGUGUGUAGUAAUAGCAUAAAGUGCAAAUGGUGCCAUCAUUACACUCACACAGAUAAGAACUCUGCUUUGCAUCCUCAUAAGAUGCUACACAUGAGAAACAAGUGUAAAGUCUGUUCUUACUUAUCUAGAGAUGGUUUUUGUUACCUCCAAAAUGAGUGCCAUUUUUGUCAUUCCGUUGAGCACUUACCGUCCAGAGUACGACACUCAUAUUUUCGCACGUUGAAUGAUCUCUACGGAAGGAAAAAACAUACCGAUGUGAUUACGAAGGAGUUGCUUUACAGUUUCCAAAAGGGGAAGAGCAGCAUCUCUCAUCGCAAUCUUUUUGUUACCAUGGAGAAGGAACUGAUGCGCGUGUGUGAUGACAUUCAGGGGGGAGGCAGUACUGAAGAAGGUGGACACAAUAUCACUGAGGGGGCUCGAAAAACGGUGGAAAUUUGUCCUGAGUGCGACACACAGGGGAAGAAACCAUGUAGGAGUUACUUCCUUCAGGGGGAUACGCCAUCUAGCUGCUUGCAAAAUGGUAACUGCCCAGACUGCCACAGCGAGGCGCAUAAAAAGAAAAACUCUACUUUAUACUUUAUGACUUACCUGCAUGAUAAGAACCUGUGCCAAGUGUGUCCCCAUAUUAACGAGGAGAAGUGUCCAUGUGAGGCGGACAGCGCAUAUUGUCACGACACGGACCACAUAUCCUACGGCGUAAAAAUGAAGAACGUUUUGGGGGUAUGCGCAACUUCCUUGAGGGGGGAAUUUUCGGACGAGCACCAACCAGGGAAAGUGGCUCGAGGGGAUGCAACGAACGUAUCGAACGUGUCCAACGUGGCUAACGUGGUGGAUGUGACCGAUUCGGCAUCCAUCAUCGGGGAGUCCACCUUCGAUACCCACACUUCUAACCUGAGCACGGAGCAACAGUAUCCUCGGAAUAGUCACCGAAUACGCAGCAGCGUGGGGAGACACUCCCGACCCCCCAACGUGGAUCAUUCCCCAAGCAGGGAAAGAAAAAAGAACUCACACAAAAGAAGCACACACGUAAAUGAAUCGUCCAAAAAGUAUGCACGCUCAAGGAGUCACAGCAGGAAUGCACACACAGGUAGAAGGAGCAUGAACAAAGGGGACCUUGCAGAGAAAAAAAACGACACAAAUAUGGGAACACCACCACGCAGAAGUUAUAGCAAAGAGCACGCUCAUGACUUAGCAAAUAAUUUGUGUGACAAGGAUAUUUCACCGCUUUAUGAGAAGGAUGAAGAGGAUGGAAAAUUAACGUGUGUUUUCGGGAAGUACGCAGACAAUUCGAACGACCUUGCCAUAAACCAGAUGUGUGACAGUGCAGAGCAAAGAGGAAAGCGACCUUUAACCGUAUAUGAAGAAGCGGACCUUUCCAACAGUGUGGAAGAACAAAAUGUGUGUAAACAUUUGCACCAAAGGAAGAUGAACACCUCCUCUUCCGACUUUGUGGCAGCAACAGAGACGGACGUAAAAGGGGAAAGUAAAAGUCUGAUAAGGGGGAAAUUGGACAUGAAUUCUGAAAAUACCGCAGGGGACAAUGCAUGGGGGGAAGAAAGGGUUGGAAGUAAGGAUGGGUGUAAUGACCAUGUGGAGGAAGGCACGACAAAUCCGCACGGUCAAGAGGUGAAAGCAGAUGAUGGGCACAUUUGUAGGCAGCAAAAUGGGGAGAGUCAUCAUGGAAACCAUUUCAAGAACGAAUACAACUGCGGAGAAAGCAGCGCCUCCACGAAUGUAGAAAAAUGCAGCAACAACGAAGGAGGAGAUGACAAUUUCGGAAAGGACCCCUCUGCCUGCCGAAGUCAGAGCAAGAAACGGGUGGACUCCCUAACCAAGCAGGAAAAAAAAUAUCACCUGAACGAUGUCCAAAGUUUGAGCAAAAUACCCCUGGAUGACAUUCGCAAUUUUCACGAUGAGGGUCAGGGCGAGGAGGACAUCGAGAUUGAGGAGCCCAGCAGCAGAGUGAAAAUAAUUCAGGACGUGCCAACGCAUAAUGCGCAGCGGCCGAGCGGGUUUAGCAGAGGUGAUAACAAAGGUGAUAGAAGGGAUGUUAGGGAAAAUCCCAGGAACGGGUACGCCAAUGGGAACCAAGUGGCGGGAAAAACGUGGAGAAAAGAAAGAAUGAUGACGGGAGAGUCAACAGGAGCGUAUUCAAUCGAAGAACACAAUGCGUGUAGGUGCAUUCCGUGCUCGUUCUAUUUUUCUAGUGGGUGCAACUACUCUCUCCAGUGCAGGAACUGCCAUCAUGAGGAACACCGGAAUACGUCCAGCUAUUUUUGCUAUUACAAAAUGCUGCACAGGAUGAGGAAGUGUAAACCGUGUGUAGACUAUUUUAGGGGCACUUGCAGACAUAACCAAACUGGGACCCCAAGAGAAAUGGACCAAUGUGCCUACUGCCAUGAUGAGUCACACAGGAACGAGAUGGGAAGAAGGGACAUGGGAAGAAUGGCCAACGGGAGAGUCCGCAGGGGGAGUAUAUCGAGUCAGUCCACCUCGGGAUCGAAACGGCAGUGGCGCAGCAAAAGUCGAUUCGCUAUGAAGGCAAAAGGACAGUUACACAGAUCAACUCCAUCCGCUGUGAAGUCAAAAGAACCGUUACGUAACUCAAGUCUAUCCACAUUGGAGUCAAAAAGCAGAACACGCAGCUCAAGUCUCUCCACACUCGCAUCGAAGAAAAAUCUCGUCACAGAUAAUCGCUCUCUAUCAGGAAAAUGCACAAAAAUAACUACUAAAGGACGAAAUAAGAGUGCCUUAUCCGAUUCUGAGAAAAAAUCCACUACGCCAAAUGAACAUCCUGAGGAGGAAGUUCCCCUUUCCAGUGAGAGUGAAGAUGAGGGGGAGGACUCCAAAGUGGGAGGCACAAAUGGUAAGUUGUCUUACAAAGAGGGGGGCAAAUAUAUCAACAAUGGUAACCCCAUUUCGACAAAGGAGGAAAAAGAAGCAACAGAAAGAAGAGCCCCGAAAAGUGUAGUCAGAAAAAGUAGGGGGUUCAUCGAAGAUGAUAAUUGGCGCUCCAUGAAAGACGUAACUUUAGGCAAAGGAAUGCCAAAUGGAAGGUACCGUGAGGUGAGACACUUCAGGAGGUAUUCCUCCCCUGAGCGUGCCAGCAGCAGAGGAAGCAGCCAAUUAUGCAACCGAAAUGAAAGGAACCACCGCAUCGUCAACAACCGACACAGCUAUUACAACCAUCACAACCGUCGAAGGUCGCAUUCGCGUACCCCCCGUGAAGACGAAUCCACCAUGAGUAGUCGAAGCAGCCAACUGUACGAGAGUCAAAGCGAUUCUAGCCACCGCAGUAACUCCCCCUACCCAGGAGAAUCAAAAAAGAGAGAAGUAAUCACCGACAAAGAAGAGGCCAAAUCUUGGCGCAGGAAACAGGAACCCAUUGAACAAGGAACUCACAAUUUAUCCAUUCGUCGAAGCGUCUUAAGUCGACAUGAGAAGGGAGCCUGCCAUCCAUGCGUGUACUAUUUUAUAGGCUUUUACGGAUGCUCAAAUGGGAAGAGGUGCCUAAAUUGUCACCACGAAGAUCAUAGAAAUCCCCACACGUUGUUUCAUCCCUCUCGACUUUUACACGUUAAGAAGUUAUGCGUUCCGUGUGCGAAUUAUUUCAAGGGGGAAUGCACCAGACCCAUGCACGCGUGUGUGUACUGCCAUAACGAGUCACACGCAGGUGACAUGAAUUGGGAAAGAGGAGAUAGGGAAAACGGGGGAGAUGCCACACACGGGAAAGGCACGUCCGCAAAGAAGGGGCUCCCCAAUGGGGACACCACUAAAGGGACAACACCAAAAGGGGAUUGUACCAAAGAGGAGAUUUCCAAAGAGGAUAUUUCCAAGGAGGAUAUUUCCAAGGAGGAGAUUUCCAAAGAGGAGAUUUCCAAGGAGGAGAUUUCCAAGGAGGAGAUUUCCAAAGAGGAUAUUUCCAAAGAGGAUAUUUCCAAAGAGGACAUUUCCGAAGAGGACAUUUCCGAAGAGGAAUCCCCCAAAGGGGACCGGGCCAAAGGCAACCACCAUGCGGGGAAGCAUUUCCACUACGUCAAACAAGUUGGCUACAGAGAACGAGAUGCACACGACAGGGGAGUCUGUCACCCUUGUACCUUUUUCUUCUCUGGAAAUAAUGGAUGCUUAAAAAGAAACCGGUGUCCAAAUUGCCACCAUAGAGAGCACGCAGACAUUCACUCAUCCUACCAUCCAUCGAAGCUCCUGCACUAUAAGGGAAUAUGCUAUCCCUGUAUUGGCCACAUGAAGGGAACGUGCAGACGAAGGUCGUAUGAGUGUGUCUACUGUCAUAACGAGGAACAUCUCUCAGAGGACAGGAAGGAUCAAAUGAGAAAAGUGAUCGAUUCGGUUACUGAGAAGAUGAAGGAAAGAAGGAGGGACCACCAGAAGGUGCCUCAUGGGUACAGGGAAGAUAGGAGGUAG